AUGAUCAGAGUACUGGAAAAUCUACUAUCAAACAGGAAAAUCCGUGUAUCACUUAACGGUAAGGUACGCGGGUACAAAUUCCUCCAGAAUGGGCUCCCGCAAGGAUCCGUGCUGUCUCCAACCCUCUUUAAUGCGUAUAUGGCUGACAUCACCGAUACUGUUUCUAGAAAAUUCAUAUAUGCGGAUGAUGUGGCGCUAGUAGUACAAGCUAAGACAUUUGCAGCAUUAGAUCAUACUUUGAAUGAUGAUCUAAUAAAAAUACAAAAAUAUUUCUAAAAGUGGAAAUUAACACUGAACCCGAGUAAGUCUGUGACAAGAGCCUAUCACCUCAACAAUAGGGAGGCAAACAGAGAACUACACAUAGAAAUAGACAGACAAAACAUCGCCUCUGAAGAAUGCCCUAAGUACCUAAGGGUAAAGUUCGAUAGAACCCUAACGUAUAACCAACACUUAGAAGGCGUCAAAAAUAAACUGAAGACACGCAAUAAUAUUAUGGCUAAGUUAGCGGGUAUGUCUAGCUGGGGAUGUCACACCAGUGUACUACGAACUACAGCACUUGCCUUGGUGUACAGUGUCGCCGAAUAUUGCGCACCUGUGUGGGCUAGAAGCGCCCAUUGUAGAAAAGUUGACACACAACUAAACCACACUAUGCGCAUUAUUUCAGGCACUGUCAGGUCAACUCAAACAGAAUGUUUGUCCAAACUAUCCAAUAUAUCCCCUCCAGAUCUUAGGAGACUAACCCAUACAAAAAAAAUUAUAGAAAAAAUUAACAGACUACCUAAUUUACCUAAUUUGCCCUUUCACAAAGUUUGA